GCUGACCGGUCCACGCGACUAAAAAGGUUGGGGACCGCUGAACUAUAGGACACAUAUUAGAAAACCUAAUGCAGUUUCUUCCACGGUGAGAUUCUGACACUGGGAAGAGGUUGCUGGUUUCUCAUAGUCAGAAUCUGGUUGCAAACCUCCUAUACUCUCACGCCAACCAACUUCAGGUCCUCUUUCACCAGAUCUAUAUCCUUUUUGGUCUUCCUCUAGGCCUCCUGCCCAGGCGUUCUACACUAAAAUGGACUGAAAUGCCACUCAGCAAGUAAGAAGUCAUUAGUCCAUACAAAGGAACAAGGACCUUCAUUUUUUAUAGCCAUAUCCUGUGGUCCAGUAUUACUAAAGCUAGCUAGACAAAAGGGGGAAGCCAGCCAGUUUUCGAGCACCAUUGUAAAAGUUAUGUAUUGCAGGCAGCAGAAACAUGUUAUGUGGGUGUUUUGUUGCAGGAGGGACUGGUGCACUUAAAAUUUCUCUAGUAUUUGGCAGGAUUGCCAUUUAAGUUUGAUGACUUAGGUAAAAUGUUUUGAGAAUUCUUCGGUAAAGUUCUCCAUAUAGCUAAAAUAUUGGCCCAUUCAUCCUGGGCUACCUGUUCAAAGGCCACACUCACUUUUUCAAGCGGCUUCUAUGUCCAUCCUGCCACUCUAGGGCAAAGGUCUGAUUGUUUGCAUUGUUCUUCUGUUUUUGUUUUUUGUUUUUAUUGAAACCAUUGUUGCCUAUCCAGCUCAAUUGCCGUGAUUACAGUCACUAGAUGGUGCUAAAGGAGAACCCGAUGCGACAGACAGCUGGUGUUUAUUUAGAUUCUGCUGAUCCAUUGUCAUGGUACCCAACAUUUCUCUUACCAGAUUGCAAUCAGUUUUUCUUCUGAGUUUCUUUGUCAGAUCAUGGAAACUAAAGUAACCGGUAAAGUGUUUAUAUGCAGAUUUGUCAAGUUACAUAAUUUAAAAACACAUUUCCUGGGAUAUUGACUGAGAUUAAUUCCCACUUUGUUGUACCAAAAAGUUGGUAACCUAUGUUAGAACUAUAAAUGUCCUUGGAUAUUUAAUCAACAUUGUAGCUCCUCCUGGGUGUUAUCAAAAUAAUAAAUCCAUCCCACACAGUGAGAGGUCAGGUGAUCAGCUAAUCCCCUGAUCACCUGGGGAUCACCAGCUCCAUAUGCUGGACAGACGCUCAGCUCAGCAGCCUUCCUGAGCAGAAGAGACUUUCAACCAGUGGAGGAACUGAGGUCUAGUUCCUUUUACAAUGGAGGAACUGAGGUCUAGUUCACCUGCUCCCUGUCUGGAUGUGAACCUCUCUGAAUCGCCUGGAGCUGGUAAGAGCAGCGGCAUCAUAACAAGUCCCCACUCGCUGGAGUCCAGGACUCAGACAGGUAUUAAACCGGUUCAGCUGCUAAUUAGAUCUCUGAACGAGCUGAUUGCAGGGCAGCAGGCUGCUCCUUAUGAGGCCAUGAAGACUCUGCAUGAAUCAUACGAGAAGGAACGAUCGAAGCUUUUCCCUAUGCCUGUGUGCAGCAAGGAGCAGGAGAGGAUUAUUCAAGCUGAAAGGAGCAAAUGCCUAAGAAGUAAUGCAGCCUCAAGCUCUGAAGUUGUACCAAAGGUGAAAAAUCACUCAGCAGAGCCAGUUGUCUAUGCAGACCUUUGCUUCAAAGCAAAAUCCGGUUCCUCUGUUUCUGCAAAGAGAGACCCAGAGAGGAGCACAAUCAGCAGCUUCAGUCUGGGAGAUCUGAGAUACUCCCUGUCUGCUGAGAGGAAACUGCAGAAGAUCACCUCAGAAAUAAAGAGGAAGACAUGCAUCACCGUGUCAGAGAGGGAUCGCAAGAUAGCAGCUCUGAUGCUGGUCAAGCAUCGGGAGGAGCAGGAGCGCCUGAAGCUCUGUCAGCAGGAGGAACAGGAACGACAGGAGGCCCGCAGGAGGGAGGAGGCCAGGCAGGCCCACGCAGAAAAAGAACGAAGGAGGAGGCUUAAGCAGAGGAUGAAACAUUGGCACAAGGAGCUGGAGGCCCGCAGGAAGCUGAGGCUGCGGCUGGAGCAGGAGAAAGCAGCACAGCUCCAGAAGGAGAUGCUGCUCCAGGAGAACCAAUGGAGAAAGCUGAAGGAAGUGGUUGAGGCACAACGCAGAGAAAAGCUGGAGGCUGCUCUGAAGGAGGCAAAGGAGCGUAAAAAAUACCAGGAGAGAUUGCUUAGGGAGAAGAUGGAGCUGGAGAAAAGGGAGCUUGAGAAGGAGAAGCAGGCGGCAGAAGAGAAGGAGGAGAAGGCCUGGAGGACCAGAGAACUGCAGGAGAAGAGGGAGCGGAAAAAGCUGCAGGAGGAGAAUCACAGAGAGAUGCUGUGUCACAUCCUGCUGAAGAGGCAAGCAGAGCAGAAGAUGGAGGAAGAUGAAACGCAGAAGAGGAAUUUGCUGGAGAAGAAGCUGCAGCGUUCCGCCGAGAAACGAGCCCGAGCUGCAGAGGCACAGCACAGGCGGCUGCGGGAGCGAGCUGCCGUGCAGGACGUCCAGAUCCAAAGAGCACAGAUGAGGGCCAAGCUGCAGAGUGUCCAGGAGCUUACACACAAGCAGAUCCUGGUCCAGCAGAGCCAGCGUCGCAUGGAGAGAGCCGCCCAGAACGCCUCGGCGCUGCGCAGGAGCCGCACUCAGCAGAGACGAGAACAGAGCAGACACAGACAGGUCUGUCACCAGCAGCUGAGUGAGAAGAUCCAGAGAGAGGAGGAGGCCAGCAGGAGGUGCAGAGAGAGCUACGUCUGCAUGAAGGAGGGGAAGAGGGAGAGGCUGCAAAAACUGAGGGAGCAGAUUCAGGAGGAGGCGCAGAGGCUGGUGCAGGCCUCCUUUCACUUGAGGGACAGGGUCAGGCAGCAGACACACAGCCGGACCUUCCACCAGAUGGCCCUGGAGGCUAAACUGACUGCCUCCAUGAGCAGAAUCAAACUUUAAAACAACUCAGGAUGUUUUUUUAGAUAUUAAAUUAUUUCCUUACAGCACAUUUAAGUUUGUAUGUAGAUUUACUGUAGCAGGGCAGUUUGUAAGUACUGCAUCAUUGUAAAGUGGAAGGAAUUGUUUCCAAAACAAUUUUUAAAGAAAAACAUCCAAAUUGUGGGAUGUACGUGUUGUCAACCCCUUUACUCUGCUACACCUGAAUAAAAUGCACUCUAAGUGCCUUAAAAAUAAAAACACUUCAUCUUUACUGAAUUUAUUCUCAGUAUGGAACACUAUGUUUGAACUACAAACACGGCAGAACAUCAAAGCUGAGAUCAGGCAAUGAGGGCAUUUCUUCAGGUUUUUACAAAUCACAACUUUUUCCAUGAAGGGUUUUAGGCUCGUAUCCCUAGAUAAGGUGAGAUGGUUUCUGAAAAUAUACUGGCUUUUUAACCCAGUGAAAAAGCAAAAAUUUCAAAUUCUUCUGGAUUUAAAAUCCUUCGUCUUGGGAAUAAAAAAGAAAAAUAUCCUUUUGUAUCAGACUAGAGGUCUGCAACCCUUACGAUUCGAAGAGUAAUUUCUGCCCUAAGUGUAGAUAAAUAAAACUUGCCUCACUGAAGCUUUAUCCUUCUGUAGAAAUCACAUAAACUUCCUUACUGUAACAGCUAGAUAAGAGAAAGGAUUUCUAUGCAGUGUAGCCAGUUGCAAUGGACAUUUUAUAACCUUGGUUUCUACGUGGAAUACGGUAAACACUUACUGAGUCACAGAAAUACCAACAUUUACAAUUUCAGUCUGCUUAUAAAAUGUAACAAAAUAUCCUUCAAGUAAUAUUUGAUUAGUUUACAUUGUGUCUCACUUUAUUUGACCUAUUUAUUUAUUUACUUGCGUCAUUUAUGCCUGUUAAAAUCAUAAAUAAUCAAUAGGAAAGAUUUAAGCGGCCAGCAUUUUUACUGCAGAGCUGAAUACAGGUCAAUCUAAAAGCUGUAUUUAGAUGUUGCAAAGAAAACUUGAAACUAGAGAGAAGGUUCAACUUCCAGCAGAACUACAGUAAACAUAAAGUCAGAGCUGUACUGGAAAGGUUCAGAUCAAAGUACUGAAUAUGUUACAAUGGCCCAGUCAAAGUCCAGCCCUAAACCCAACUUUAACGCUCAACUUACAGUCUGAAUGAGCUUGAACUUUUUUCAACGAACAUUUUUUUUUCUUCUAGUUUUCAGAUGUGUACAGCUGGUAGAGACAGAUGUACAAAAACAGAUACUGCUUUUAUUUAUAAAAAAAAAAAGAAAAAAACUGAACUCUGUUUUUCACUUCACAAUUACAUGCUACUUUGUGCUAGUAAGUGGAAUUAAAAUACACUGAAGUUUGUGUUUGUAACUAGUGACAACAGAAAAUGGUCAAGUAGCACAGCAAACUUUUUUACAAGUCCUGCAAGUUCAUAGUUUACCAGCUUGAGGCUAUUUCUACUAGUUUGGAUCACAACAAUGUAAUUCAGGGCAGCUAGAGGGUAGAAUACAGAGUUAUGAAACAUUCAGGAAAGUGUGUCUUCUUUCACAACACCAUACACUCUAUCUACAAACUCAAUUUGGCCCAGGAGCCCAGGGAUACUUUCUGAGGAGUUACAGGAAAUAACUCACAUGGUGAAAUCUCUAUUUGUUAUGUAAUCACAGUAGAAGUUCCAGCUUGUUUUCAUAUUUACCUUCAGGAACUAUGUAAAGGUUGUUUUUUUAUAUACUCUGUUUUGAAAAGGUCAAGGCAAGCGUGAUUCCAGUUUUACGCAAACCCUUUCCACUCACUCAGCCAACAGAUGUGUCACAGUAGCUGUUAGGGAGCAGAGUUGAGUUCUUCCACCGUUAGAAACUUACAGUAUUUUUUUCUUUUACAGACACAGAGUGCAUGAAUCCUGACAGGAAGGCCAUUAAGCAAAGCUCACAGUGCAGCUAUAAAGAAAUAAAAGUUAAUGUUUCACCACUCAUUGUUAUGUGUGCUCUACUGAAUAAUCUGACAUGUCUUACUGUUACAGUCUCUCACUACAGGCUUUCAUUUGAGGUUAAAACAGGAGAAAUCCAGCUAAGCUACAUGACAAUCAUGUUCCUCCAAGUAAAUGGAAACUAUUUGUAGUCACAUUAGCAAACCAAGCCAUCAUUGUUGUAGAGGUUUAUAACAAUGUUUUAUUACUUUCGGGGUAGUAUAUGGAUAUGUUCAAUACAUUUUAAAGAAUAACAGAAUGUGAGUAAAUUUCAUGCCUUAAUUUUAUUCAUGUAUUAUUAUUAAAAAUUUUAAUAAACGUAUUUUAAUUCUGAUGCAGCCGUAUUUGUUAGCACCCUCAGUAAAAAGGCAACAAAUCACACGAAAAAACUUGAAUUGAGGAUAUGUAUCCACUGGAGAAAAAGCUAAUGUUAAGAGAGAGUUAAUUAUUGUGUUUUUUUAUGAAAUUACAAGGAGACAGUUAAUGGUAACCCUAACAAUUGAAACUAAUUGUUUUUAAUUUACAGUUUAUUUUUAAUUUAAAUUUCUAAGAUUUUUGGAUUACAGUUUCAAAUGAUGUGUCUCCAGCGCACACUGUAUAAGCUGACCAAAUCCAUAGAAAAAGAACCAGAAUGGCUUAAGGAAAUUAGUAAAGCACUGCAUCAAAAUACAUAAAAACUUAUCAAAAAUUAACCCUUUUAUUGUUUCAUAAUUAAAAACAUUGUUUUGUUAUAUCUGUUGUUUUGAUCAGCUAUGAAGAGCUACUGUGGAGGGUUAAGGACCCACAGUGGGCUCCUGAGCUGCAGGUUCCAGAUCCCUGCUCUAUAACAACAUCUUCUCUGGUCUGCAUGCCAGAAAAACAUAUUUUCUAUCCUACCAUCACAAUCAUAAAAGAGUAAAGCCAGAGGCACUUGGACUUUAAAUGGAAAUCUGUGCUUUGGUCAUAUGACACUAAGGCAAAGCUUUCAAGUAAUAAAUACUACAUAAAAAUAUGUAGAAAAGUAUGGAAGUUCACAGUGGAGGAUAUGUGAUGCUGUGCGCAUUCUCUCUUCCAGAGACCUUGGGAACCUUCUGAAGAAUGGAAAAUGGGAACUCAUUUGAAUACCUGAACAUUUUAGAUCAAACCAACCUGUCUUUAUGACCAUCUUAGCUGAAGA